AGAGAAUGUGGCGUGCCAGAUGUACAGACGGUUAGAGCAAAGGACCCUGUUUCCUUUUUCUUCUUUUUUUCUGUGUGCCUUUCUUUUGUCGUCUACAGGAGCUGCCGAUUCAAAGGCCCGGGUCAAGAGUGAUCCCGAGUCACCUGUAGUAUCAAGAUCAAGAUCAAGAUAUUCAGAAGAAAUUCUGCAUCACCUGUAGCAUCAAGAUCAAGAUCAAGACAACCACAACAAAAGGAGUAGGAGUGGCAGCAUGAGUGAGAUCGAGGCUGACGGGGAGGUCUACCAGACCUUCGAACUAUCUGACGGGUGUCGAUCUGUCACGAUUAUUGCAUCGAAGGAAGAAGAAGAAAGAAUUCAGCAAGAAUAGCAAGCUUGGCGGGCAACACUAAAGAAACGGGAUCCUGUCACUUGGCCAUCAGCUGGCGCGAUUUGUGAGAUAUCAGCAGUCGCCAGACACUGUUGCCAGUCAAGAGAAAGGAUUGCAGGGCAACUUAAUUCAUUGUCAAUUCAGACCAUUGCGUGUAACAACUUGGAUCAAUACCAAGACUAUGCAAAUGAGAGGUUUAUAUCAGCUCUUAAUGAAAGCAACUCAAUGGAUGAAGGAGUUUUUUUCUACUUUGGUUACAGAUUUCACCCAUAAUGCAACACUGCUACUCAUUGAGUGCAUACGUGACCGCUUUGAGAAAUUCUGUGCCUCCAGGUUUGAAAGGAAUCAAGUUUAUAGAGAGAUCCAGGAAGAACUGCGGUCAUACUCUUAUAACAUGUCAAUUGAGAAGAUACGCAACAAAUGGAGCAACCUUGUUACUACUUACAAGAGGAUAAAGAUUCGCCAAAGAACCAGUGGGACUGGACGCAGAGUGUGGGAAUACUAUCAGCAACUUGAUGAACUCCUGAGCUCAUCAUGUGAAUCACCUGUACCAGGCAAGAUUUCAGUCAAUAUGGUUAAAACUGAGAGUACAGAUACUGAACAACAAAAUACAGAUAAUGACAUAGACAUAAAAUUAGAAGAUUCAAUGGAUAUCCCCUUUGUUGAGGCUGAUUGUCCCCAGCUUCAGCCAGUGACUUCAGUCUUCAGUGCAAUGCCAAGUCAGGCUAAGAGAAAAUAUGAUGAAUCCUUGAAUAAUGUUGACAAUUACUCAGAAAAAGAGAGAAGGCGGGAAGAAUUAUUGGAACAAUUCUUACAAGAAGUAAGUGAAAAAGAAACUAAGGAACAUAAUUACAAAAAGAGAAAAGAAAGAAGAGAUAGAAUGAAAUUGAAAACUUUGCAGAAAAUGGUGUCCAAGCUUGAAACUCUCUCCAAAACACAAGAAUUAGUUCUCAGAAAGCAAGAUUUGGUGCUUGAAGGUAUAAUGCAAUCAAAGAAUAAGAAUUCUUGAUAUGUAAAUCUCAUUGUAACUAUCAGUUUGUUUAGAAAUUUUUCUGACACUUAAUGAUGCACCAUUUUCAGUGAGUCCAUACUGUUGUAUGAAGUAUUUAUAUGUUUCAUUUAGUGCAGUGAAAGAUAUAAUUUUCAUUAUUGCAAAUUGUCAUUUGGUUCAAAUAAUGAAAUAUUGUUAAAAACUAGACCACUCGCCACACAGUGCUAUUUUAUAGAUAAUGCUCCUCUCUCUCUCUCUCUCUCUCUGAUCAUUUAGUUUAUCUAAAGACUUAUUUUCAUAUCCUAAAACUUCAUAAGUACGGUUAUUUGAACAAAUUUCAAUGGUUCUCAGAUAUGCCAACUCAUAAGGAAUUCAGUGUGCAUUUGCAGUACAUACUGUGAUUUUUGUUAGGUGUAUGAGUAUUGAUAUAGUUUUUUUUAUUUUUAUAUCAAGAUAAGAUUAUAAAAUAGUAAUCCAUCAUUUAAA